AGAGUAAGUCAAACAUUCACAGCAACGUUUCAAUGUUAUUUUGCAGACAUUUAAAUUUGUCAAAAACAACCUUGAAAUUUUUCAGAACAACUUCAACGAAGAAUUCUCAAAUCUGGAAAGCCAACUUUAUGUUUUGCAAGAAGAGGAAAAAUACACAAUUUCCAUAAAUCUCGUUAGAAACCAAAAACCAUUUCUGUCAUUCUCAGAUCUCCCUUGAGAACAAAAUAGCCUCUCUCAUAUCAGAAAACCAAAAUUCAUGAAGAGGAAAUUAUGAAAGAUGACCUCGACAUUUCUAAGCACGAUUUCCAAGCUGGCAUUUCCAAAAGGGACAGAGCUAGAGAAUGGCGAAAGAGAAAAAUGAGAUGUGGUGCAGUUUUGGGAAUUUCUCAAAACUGGAAUAGAGCAUCACUACUGCUUCAGCCUCAAGUUUCACGCUCAGAUUUUUAGAUUCAGUAGUUUCACCCUGGUGGUAUCGAUUUUCAGUGUCUCCAUUCCUCACCCUCCUUCUUUCUUUCUCAUGAGUGCCAAUAUCUGUCCUCACCCCGUAGAUCCAGCUAUACUAUACUCCAACCCAUAUAUCUAUUAACCCAUGCUAUGCUUCCACAUCCACACCAGUCCCAUUCAUUCAUUGUGGACAAGGCAAUCCCGUCGGCCACUCAGUCACCUUCAUUCAUGUCGUCGACCGCGCUGCUGGGCAAAUCAGGGAGUUACAGAGCCCUGCCCAUGGGGAAAGGAGUAGCAGCAGCGGCUUCAGCUUCUGCACAAAAGACCCAGGUCUUCAACGGCUGUAACAGAAGACCCAAAAUCUGCUGUGUAGAAGACCCAAAAAUCUGCAGCAACAACUUUGGUCUUGGGUUCUCGAAAUCAUUUUUUAAUAGAGUAAAUGCUUGUGAUUGGUGCUCUGUGGUUGCAAUUCUAGUUGGAGCUCAAUCCAGACAAGAACAAAAGCUUCAAACUUCUCACUUGCAAGAGAUGGUUUUUGGAGAGAGUUCAUUGGUUCUUAAACAUGUGAAUAGUGGCAUCAAAAUCCAUUUUAAUGCAUUUGAUGCUCUAAAUGGCUGGAAGCAGGAGGCGUUGCCACCAAUUGAAGUCCCUGCGGCAGUGAAAUGGAAAUUCAGAAGCAAAACCCUCCAGAAGGUGAUACUGGACUAUGAUUAUACAUUCACGACGCCAUAUUGUGGAAGUGAAACAAUUGGGAUAGAUACAUAUUAAGAAAGAGGGAGAACCAGGGCCACAGUUCUAAUCAAAACAUUGAUUGUGUUUCUUUUAUUUUCCUUUGAAAUUUUCUUUGACAUUGAUUGUGUUGUUCUUCUAGGACAUGUUUUCAUGGGAGGCUCCCCGUGAAUUUUGAGAGAAUUGUAUGAAGGAUUUGAUCUUGCCUUCAUGCUCUACGUGGAAGAAGCAUUUCACCUUGCGCCUCAGUUGUUUGUGAAAAUUUCAAUGAAGGCUAAAUGUUGUAGUUCAAGUCACUUUUGGUCCAUUGUAAAAUAUGGAGAAUCUGGUUUUGUCAUAAGCUUUUUCCUUACGGCCAAAAGGCUCUUGGUGCCUCACAGGAAAUGGGCAGAAAUUACCCCUUAGUUGUUCAUGGAAAUGUUAGUUAGGGGUUAUGUGGUUUUUAUGUUUGGGAAGUUCGUGAGUGAACUCUAAAGAACCGAGGGGAUUGAUUUUUCCAAAGACAAGCUUGCUUUGCAGAGGCUUCGUGAAGCAACCGAGAGACCUUUAGCAUGGAGUCACUUUACUUCUGAAGGCAAUGUUGAGUUCAAAGCAGUAUGGUUCAUGCCACCCAAGGUGCCUCAUGAUCUAUACGAGAAUUAUUAUAAAGCCAACAAAUCCAACUUGAAUAUAAUUGAUAGGCGCAUCUUCAUCCCAAAUGAAGUUGAUGAGCCUUUGUUGAGGUAUCUAAACUUUUUAAAGGGUCUUGUUGCUUCUGACAGCUUGCCACCCAACGUAUCACGUGAAAUGCUUCAACAAAACAGUAGUUUGAAAACAAUUAAGAAGAAGCUACUGAUUUUAUCUUUGGAAACAUCUAUCAUUACUAUUCUCUUGUUUGGGUUACUAGGUAUUUUUUAUAUGGUAGAUGCUGAUGUGGGUCAGCUCAAAGAAAUUGAAGGCAAGAAGUGUGCCUCAGCUAAAAAGAACGGGUUGAAGUAUAUCCACACCUUGUUGGCAAGAUGUUUUAAAGGGAGAGAAUUUGUCAUAGUUCGAUAGUAUAAAGGGAGAUCCGAUUGUAUGGCCAUAGGCCACUAUGUUAUUGGAUUAUUUUCAUUAAUGUUGGGUUGAGUUUAUAUUAAUUUAGACUUUAGACUGUAGUUGUAGCUGGUUAAUGGAUUUUGAGCACUCUCAUUGGAUUAGCUAAAAACUA